UCGCUCAUUGCAUUCUGGGAGUCGUAGUACCCAGCUUGGUACCGCUACUGGGAGAACUACACUUCCCAGAAAUCCUCCCAAGCCUUCCCAGGCGCACGGCAGGAAGGAAUCUGCCACACGAGGUGCUGUGAGCAAGAGGCAUCGAGUCUGAGUUGCCGGUGCCGUGGUCCACGCGAUGCCCAAGGCCAAGGGGAAGACCCGGAGGCAGAAGUUCGGUUACAAUGUUAACCGGAAGCGUCUGAACCGGAACGCUCGACGAAAGGCCGCACCGCGGAUCGAGUGUUCCCACAUCCGACAUGCCUGGGACCACUCCAAAUCCGUGCGUCAGAACUUGGCCGAGAUGGGCUUGGCCAUGGACCCCAACAGGGCGGUGCCCCUUCGUAAGAGAAAGGUGAAGGCCAUGGAAGUGGACAUAAAGGAGGGACCUAAAGUGCUUGUGCGGAAGCCUUAUGUGCUAAAUGACCUGGAGGCAGAAGCCAGCCUCCCAGAAAAGAAAGACAAUACACUGUCUCGGGACCUCAUUGACUAUGUCCGAUACAUGGUAGAGAACCAUGGAGAGGAUUAUAAGGCUAUGGCACGAGAUGAGAAGAAUUACUAUCAAGAUACCCCCAAACAGAUUCGGAAUAAGAUCAACGUCUAUAAACGUUUUUACCCGGCAGAGUGGCAAACCUUUGUGGAUUCCUUGCAGAAGAAUAAGAUGGAGGUGGAGUGACUGGUUUAUGCCUUCCCAGACUGAGGCCUCCUCUUGGACCCGUGAAGCU